AUGUUAGAUGUACAUAGACUUUUGUUUUGCCUGUGUCUGUUGGGAAUAGUGAGUGGAAAUGAAUCUUUUACCGAGGAAUAUAAAACAAUAGAGGAGGAUACCGGGAGGGAACUAACGGUAUCCACUCAAGGACGACUACGAAAGAUACUGGACUUGGAUGAUAAGAGUACCGUUGCCAAAACAAUGUGCAGAGAUUAUUUAAUUAAAGUAUCCUUUGUCUCUGGAACUUCGGGAAGUGAAUGGAGGAUAGGAGACGUAAUUGUGGGUAGUGCAUCCCUCGGAUGUCAUCUCAAGUUCACAAAAGUGGGGGAGGGAGUCCUUGGAAAAAUUGCAAACAUUGAGGAGAAAAGAAAAGGACUUUUGUAUAUUACGGUAGAUAAUGCAAGCCCAUUGGAUAUACUGGAAGAAGCAGACUUAUCUGUUCAUGUGAGACAUCGCUCAAAAAGAAGCAACACAAAUUUUCUGUCGAACAUUUUGGAUAGCAUCAAUUGGGAAGAAAGAACAAAUACAACAGUUGAAUUAAACCCAGAAAGAAAGCCUUUCUCUCUGCUGAAAAUGGUCAAUAACCCAGAACCGGAAGUUCUGGUAUACAAUUCAGCAAGCCAAAUUAAAAAUUCAACAGGGACAGAGUUCAAUUUUACGUGUUCUACUUGUUUUGGAAAGAUUGAUCUAUCAUACCAUUUAGAAAUGAGAAUAAGAAGAAACCAAACAACCAACAAGCCUAUUAUAAAUUCCUACCUUUCUCAGAUAGAAGGCACGUCUACAAAUUACUAUCAGUUUACAAUUGAAUCUCAAAGAGAACUGUCUCUCAAGUUAGAAAGGAAAAUUAUGGAGACAGCUCCUUCUUUCCUUCAUCCGAUACAACUAGCAACUUUCAAAAGAUUUCCCACAAUACAUCUGGCUAUCAGUGUCCAAUCCAUUUCUAAUUUGUCUGCGGAUGUAAUAACCAUGUCCUCAAAGGAGAUGAAAGUCGACGACUCCUUCCAAACAUCGGGGGAAUUCGUCGUAUCUAAUCAACACAGUCAGCACAAUGGUCCACCAACAAAUCAUCUCACGACAUCUGAUUGGCAGAUACAACACAGCCCACGUGACGGAGUACUGUCCAAUGAUUCAUUUUCUAUUCAGAUCAGUCUUUCUCAUGAGAUUUUCAUAAAACCGUAUAUUGAAUGGAGAGAGCGAGAUAUUCGAUUAGAUUUUGGAUCACCGUUUACCCUAAGGUUAAUUCAGGAGUUGGAUGUGAUGUCAUCAAUUUCUGAUGUAUCCCUGUGUACAGAUAUGGUAGCUCAGACUACAAGUAUGUUCGUCACAGGAAAGAAUUCCCUGGUUGUAGAUGCAUUUGGGAUUCCAAUAUGGGGAGAUGUUUCAACUUUAUCUAAAGCUCAAGUGACGAAUUCCUCUUUAAUUCAGCAAAAUUUAUUCAAUAAAUGUCGUGCAAAUUGCUUUGGAACUCAACAAAAAUCUACGAGGACAAUAAACGUAUGUGGUUCAACAGAAGACGUAGUGCUUCGAAAUUCGUCAUCAUUUUCUUCUUUGCGAAAAUUAUUUGGUGACUCGAUAUUAUUCCUAUCGGAGGAGUCGAGCGAAUCGUCGUGGUGUGGACAUCCAGGAAAUCCCUGUACCGACUGUGCGGACUACUUUCAAGAUGAUAACGUCUGCUCUGAUAGAUACGUGACUCCAACUCUCGCAGAAGUUUUAACAAAACUAUCAAAAUUGGUUGCUGCUGAAUGGCCAAACCGUAAGCUUUUGGUUCUCGAAGCUUGGGACGAACCUACAUCCGCACAUCCACUUGGUAGUCAUGGUAAUCAGUCUUUGUUUUAUACUGGGAGAGCAGCUCGAGUUGCGCUAAGCAAAACCCUCACUAGUAAAGAACCUGAAACUAACGAAGAUAUAUUCCGAAGAUUAGAGGAAUUACUCCAGUGUUCUGAUGUCGAUUUUUUCGACAUAUUCACAAAAAAUUCUAUCGUUGACAUUUGUGUUUCUGAUGAUUUGGCGUCUAUAUUUACAAACCAGGACGAAAAGAGAAAGAAAAGAGCAGUGAACUCAAACAACAUCGCUCAAAUCAACACCUGGAGAGAAGAAAAGGACAAAUAUGACGAUCAUUUAUUUAGUCUAGUUAGUGCAAAAACACUUGGCUCUACCUCGAAGGAUUACUUCGGGAGUGGGAAAUAUUACCCACAGGGUAAAACAGCGGAUGAUGUGUGUGGAAAAGCUGAUGAAAUAUACAGUAUAGAAAACCUGGAACAGAUGCAGCGAUUAGUUCAAUAUCCACUACAGAACGUUGAGUUUGAACCAGAAGGAGCGAAGACGUCAUCUUGUGGAGCGUUGACCCGGGAAUGUAAUCAGUGUAAAGAUUAUAAGGACGUUGAUAAUCCCUGGGAUUGGUGCUUGACCUGGACCAUGAAUACUAGAGCUGUCACGAGACUGCGGAGACUGGUGAAAUUAAUAGAAGACGAUACACAGAGUAAAGGAUCAUCACUAGGAAUGACAGACGAAGAACUCGGUGUUUGUCGAUCUGGAGUGGUGCUGUUUCAGGAUCUUCAAAAGUGUAAAGAACUGAUGCCAAGCUCAACCUCCGACAAAGAAACUAAAUGUUACAACUGCAUAAAAGAAACCCGUUGUUGCUAUCUCAAUGACAAAAUAGGUUGCAUGAAAAAUGAUUGUUCUGGAGACCAAAGUGCCAGUGUAUGGACACCAAUUACAUGUAAAGAACCAAAUCCUUUCGCGCCUGAUGUUACCAUCCCUUCAACUCCAGCGUGUAAUCAAGGUGACGAUUCGAAAAUGAUUCUCUACGGAAAUGUAUGCUCAGGCGACCCUUGUCAAUUCUUCUCUGGAAAAGAAUAUCAUUUACUUCUCAAAGUAAUAAUGAUAUUCGAAGUUUGUUCUGGGAAAUGGGAUCAGGCUACAAUGGAUUCAGACAUUAAGAACUUGAAUGUCAGGGAAGGAAACCUGAUGGCGUUCUUGUCUUCGUGUAUGGGCAGUGAUAAUACUAUCCUCAAAAUUCACAACCCUAUUCCUAAUGAUCCAACAAUUGGAAUCGGUUACAGCCUUCGUGAAGCAACAGAUUCGACAGAAAAGAAAGAUUUUCUAUUGGAAACAAUCCCAAGCCUGGAUUAUAACAAAAUAAUGAAUGGAGAACAAACAAUAACAAAAGAACAAGCACUUUUCCUAUAUGAUAGAACAAUGAGAAGGCACAUUAUAAGAAGCAUCAACAGUAUCGUUCCUUUCAAAAUAUUCGUACAUUUGGACACGGCUACGAAAAUUGCCAUCAUCAAUGCAAGGUAUAGAGGGGAAAUUUCUGGAACUCUUAAAAAGAAAUUUAACACUGCUGUCAGCAAUGGCCAGUGGGCAAAUGCUGCAGCUAUUUAUAUCAGCCACCCAGAGUACAAGAUUAAAUACAAAUGCACGACAACCGGCAAAGGAAGUAUAUGCACUAGAAUGAAGUGGAAUGCCGAACAGUUCCAAAAACAAGUUUGGAAACCAGUGAAGGUAUCCAAGACUGAUCCGCCUCAAGGAAAGAGAUCGACUGGGACGACCCUGUCAGCUGUUGGGAGAUCAUUGAAAAUAUCAGUCAACACAGGCUUGUCACUGAGCAACAGUAAACUGGCGAAUCUCGCCGUUCUCGCGGGAUUCGAUCAUGUGACAAAGGAGUCCAAUCAUAUUAUAGUCAGCGUGCGACCAGCUACUGGUGUUAAUACUGUCAUAGUGAAUUAUCCAAACCUGAACAUGCACGAAACAGAACCCCCAGCAAAGGACACAGUAGAAUACGAAAUAUCAGCAGAGGCAGAUUAUAGUUUAAUGUAUCCCCUUCUUUUAGAUGGAUUUAAUGAUUCAAUAAAACUCUCAGAUUGUUAUCGAAUAGCCGAUUUAAAAGUACAGAAAUAUAGAUACUUUAGAUUUGACGUAAAACUGUUAGAAUGUUUAGAGGAUGCCAGUAGUCAUUAUGGUGGAUGCAUAAAGGUUAUACCUGGUUCUGGAUAUCGGGUAAGAUCCGAUAACAAUAGAAAUAUUGAAUUAAGACAUUCAGAAGAAAGAUGGCGGUUUUCAGUAGGCCAAGCAGUAGAAGUUGGAUUAGAAAUGUCGCUGAAAGAACUAUCGAAUCUUGGAUUAACAAUUAUCAGAUCAUGUGUAAAAAAUCUUAUUCCUAAGAGGUUAAUACUAGGUAUUGGGGCUCACAAAGAUAGGCUCUAUGUUGAUAUAAGGGAGUCAACCCCAAGAGAGGAGUUUAUUAAAGUCUGGGAUGCAGGAUUUCCGGAAUUGCACAAAGAGCUGAAAGAUAUAGAGACAGGAUUUAAUAAAGGCGGUGCCUUCAUUGAUCCAACGAAUAGAACAAGAGCAUGCCAAACUCCACCUCUAGGAUCCAAAGCAUAUUAUAUAAAAUAUUCCAAAGAAGACUCUUGUAAUUCGGAUUCUGGGGUUUCCGUUGUCUGUUCGUCAACUACCUCUGAUCGUCAGAAGUCAGCUUCCGAUCUUCUUAAACGAUUGACUGAAGUCACAGGAAACGGACCGCUGGACAGGGCGACACUUAGAGACAAAGUCAACAAAUGUCUGGUCUCACUGUGUGGUGGCUGCAUCGGAAAAGGAAAAAUAUGGAAAGAAAAAACGAUUGCAUGUUUUGAACUAAUGUCCUAUUUCCUGGACGGAUCAUCAACUCCAUUCCCAGACCUUAGAAACACCGGGGCGUUUUACAAUACAGAAAACACAAAAUCAGAGGUUCACUCCUUGGCGUGUCAUGACGGAAGUGCAUGUGUCGAAAAUGUUCAGCUUCAUUCUUUCCUCCAGGAAACAUUAACAACUAAGUACAAACCAAGCCCUUCAGAGACGAACGAAGAACUCUUGUACGAUCCCGCUGACAAUCCGUCUCCUUUGCUUGAUAUUUUAGAACAGGAAAUGGCAAUGAGGGUUUCCGGAAACGUGUCAGUUUAUAUUGAAAGCAAUGGAGAUGUUUCAAAACUAAAUCACAUACUAAAGAUACUUAUGGUUUAUAACGCAAAGGUUUCAAACGUUCAUUUUCAUCUGACAAAAUCAGUGAGGGAGAAUCAGGCAAUGUCAGCUAUUCAACGUAAACUUGAGAGAUGGGCGUUUUCCAUGUGUCCAGAUAGAACACGUGUUGUAGUAGCUCCAUACACUGUCCAGAAAAUAGACAAUGAAAGACACAAGCGAAGUAUUGAUAGAAGCAAAGACAGAAAUGUAGUGAAACAACUGAGAAAUAACUGGGAACUGGAGUGGUUAGCAAAAACGUGAUAGUCUUUUUUUUUUAAAUGAAAGCUGUUUAAUAAUUAUGAUUUUAAUAAUGUUUAAAACUUUUUGUUCAUCUUUCAAAGUAGUUCUUUUCUAAGGCAGAGACCAUUUAGGGUGAAUUCACUAUGCAUUGCACUUCAGCAAGUUCUAGCGAUAUAUAUCGCUACCGACCGAAUAUUAUCAAAAUGGAACUUAACAAGUAGUAUAUGGUUAAAAUAUAAAUUUUGGCACAAUAGUGUGUUAAUUUAUGAGAAUAUAUCACUAAAAACCUAUUUUUCGAAAUAAUUAAGAAUUCACCAUGGAUCGGACAAUAUUCAGCAUGCAUCGGACAUACGGUAUUUAAACCAGAAAAAUAUCAUACCUUGAUCUCGGUGCUUUAAAAUUAGUGAUAUCGAAACAGUUUUAUCUUUUAUUUAAAAAUUAACCUUCUAGUUAAAUUUGAAUGAUUAUUUCGAUCCACAAAUGUGAAGAGAUUUUAGUUGCAUCACAUCGCCUUAGAAAGGCCUUACAAUGCUAGUAAUAUGGCAACUCGCGCCUUUGUCUUGUGUGUUAUCAUCAUCUAGUUUAAAGAAAUAAAUUGAGUCCACUUCUAGUCGUCAUAUAUCGAUAACUUGUAUUUUCACUGAAAAUUUAGAGUUUUUUGUUUUCUAUUUCCGUAAAAAAAAAAAAAACCAGCUGUCAUUUGGAUUUUACAUGAAAAUGGCAGUGAUUACGUAUACCCAUGCAUCGGAAAGUGUCCGAUGCAUGGUUACAUACUAGUCAAAAACAACUCUAAAAAUAUUCUACAAACAUUGAAGUAAUUUUUUUUGAAAAAUUUCUUUACAGUUAUCAAUCAUUGACAAUUUUUACCGAGGUCCGACUUCCGAUGAAGUCUAUUUAAAAGAACGACAACUCUAAAAAUGGCAAAAUCGUAGAAUUCUGAUUACUCCCCUUUGAUGAUGUAAGAUAUGACGUAAGGCCAUUCUAGUGGUAUUUUUAUCACAACAUGAAAAUAAAAAUCGGCAUCAUUAAAAUGUUUAAAUAUUCUCCUUUAAGACAGAAACAAGUAAAAACACGGGGAGACCCAGGUUCAGUGAAGGUUUAUGGCUUAAAGUUGCAAGGUAUGUGUCCGAUGAAUGGUUAAUUCACCCUAACUGGUUAUCUUCCGUAAAAGCUUAAAUAGCAUGUGGACUUACAUUCUAUUUAUAUUUAUUGAUUUUAAGUUAAUGCCUAUUUGUAAUGUAUAGUGCAAAAUCUUUUAUUAUUUAUAUUGUAAAACAAAGUUUUAUUAUAUUUAUUAAUCAAUGUGAAUUCAAGUUUUAUCUGUAAAAUAGUCUUGUGA